AUGGGCGUCGAAUCCUCUGCCCAUCAUGGGGAGUCUAUCACCCCGGCUCAACAGCCAGGCUAUGACUCCUCUUACCAACCCACCCAGGAGCAGAAGCCAAUGCGGCCUGCGGGUGUUGACACCCCCAUUCCUCGCAUCACCCUGCGGUCCCUCGUCAUGGCCCUCUUCGUCUCCAUGGGAGGUCUUCUUUUCGGAUAUGAUACCGGUCAGAUUUCUGGAUUCCAAGAGAUGAGCAACUAUCUCGAGCGGUACGGUGAGAUGGACUCCAACGGUGACUACAAAUUCAGCACCGUGCGUUCUGGUCUCAUCGUCGGUUUGCUUUCCAUCGGUACAUUGAUCGGUGCCCUGGCCGGUGCCCCCAUCGCGGAUAAGCUGGGCCGCAAGUGGUCCAUCACCCUCUGGUGCAUGAUCCUCAACGUUGGCUUGAUUGUGCAGAUCUCUUCCCCAGAUGGCCACUGGUACCAGAUGGUCGUUGGCCGUUGGGUCACUGGUCUCGGUGUUGGUGGUUGCUCGCUCCUCGUCCCCAUGUACCAGGGUGAAAGUGCCCCCCGUCACAUCCGUGGUGCCAUGAUCAGUUGCUACCAACUGUUCGUGACCCUCGGUAUCUUCCUGGCUUACUGUAUCAACCUGGGUACCCACAACAUGGAUGGCACUGGCCAGUGGCGCAUUACCCUUGGAAUCACCUUCCUCUUCGCUCUGGUCCUUGGUGGCGGUAUGGUUUUCUUCCCCGAGAGUCCUCGUUACGAGUUCCGCCACGGCAAGGCUGAGAGUGCCCAGCGCACCUUGGCCAAGCUCUAUGGUAUCCCCGAAAACCACAACCGCAUCUUGGAGGAAAUGGAUGAGAUCCGCGAGCAGUUCGAGGCCGAGUCUGAUGACCAGAAGUGGCACGAAUUCAUCACUGCUCCUCGCAUGUUCUACCGUAUUGCCCUGGGCAUGGUCCUGCAAUCCCUCCAGCAGCUCUCUGGCGCCAACUACUUCUUCUACUAUGGAACCACCAUCUUCGAAGGCGCCGGUAUCUCCGACAGCUUCAUCACACAGGUUAUUCUCGGUGCCGUGAACUUCGGUACCACAUUCGGUGGAUUGUACGUUGUUGAGAACUUCGGUCGUCGCAAGUCCUUGAUCUUCGGAGCCAUUUGGAUGUUCGUCAUGUUCAUGAUCUUCUCCUCAAUUGGACACUUCGUCCUCGAUGUCGCGGAACCCACCAACACCCCCAAGGCCGGAAAGGGCAUGAUUGUCGUCGCAUGCCUGUUCAUUGCCGCCUACGCCAUGACAUGGGGUCCCAUGGUCUGGGCCAUCGUCGCAGAGCUCUUCCCCUCCAAGUACCGUGCCAAGGGUAUGGCUCUUGCGACCGCCACCAACUGGCUCUGGAACUUCCUGAUCAGUUUCUUCACCACUUUCAUCACCAAGGAAAUCGACUUUGCCUACGGAUACGUCUUCGCCGGCUGUCUCUUCGUCGCUGUUGGCAUUGUCUACUUCUUCGUCAUUGAAGGAAAGGGUCGCACUCUCGAGGAACUUGACUGGAUGUACGUCAACAAGGUCGUUCCCUGGAAGAGCAGCGACUAUGAAAUCCCCGAGCGCCACCAAGACUGGAUCGCCGAUGAGAACCCCUACGGUCGCAAGGGGGAGCGCGCAUCUCACAACGAGAACGUUUAA